AUGCGUUUCAACAUUGCAGCAAUCACCGCCUUCGUCGCCACCGUCAUGGCUUCCCCCGCCCCGACCGCGGCCCCGCAGCCAAACCAGGUAGCGCCCAACCCACCCUGCUAUACCCACCACACCAGCGUGUACCCGAACAACUGCGCGCCUAUCAAGGACUGCGUCACGCUUCCAUGCAUCGUUGAGGAAACUCGCGGCUUGCCAUGCCAUACCGAUGCGUGCCCGACCACCACCACCUCGCUGACGGUCCUGCCAUGCACAACCACCUGCAGGGCUGGAUGCGAAACCAGCACCGUGUACACCAAAUCCCAGUGCUAG